CUGCCCCUCCCCUCAGUCAAGAUGGCGGCUCUGAGGGCGGCGGGGGCGGCGCUGCUGCGGCCCCGGCCCGGGCCGGCCCCGGCCGCGCUGGGCUACCACAAGAAGGUGGUUGAUCACUACGAGAACCCGCGCAAUGUCGGCUCCCUGGACCGCAAUGCCAAGAAUGUGGGCACCGGCCUGGUGGGCGCCCCGGCCUGCGGCGACGUCAUGAAGCUUCAGGUGGAAGUGGACGAGAACGGCAGGAUCGUGGACGCUCGCUUCAAAACCUUCGGCUGCGGCUCGGCCAUCGCCUCCAGCUCGCUGGCCACGGAGUGGGUCAAAGGGAAAACGGUUGACGAAGCGCUGAAAAUCAAGAACACAGAUAUUGCCAAGGAACUCUGCCUUCCCCCUGUCAAACUGCACUGCUCCAUGCUGGCUGAAGACGCCAUCAAGGCUGCCUUGGCCGAUUACAAACUGAAGCAGGACCCAAACAGAGAAUCGGACAAAAAAGCCGACAAUGCCUGAACUGCCUGCGCAGCUCCCCCUGCUCCCCCCUCACUCUGCAGUGCAAUUCCCGAGCUGUAGUAGGACCCUGUGCACUACUCAAGCUGUAAGAUACGCACAAGUUACGCACAACGUGUCCCUGUGGUGUCCAGCCACUCUGUAGUGCUCACACGGAUGGGGCUCCUGCCCCUCGGGAAGACUCCGCUCCGGAGACCAAACCCCGCUACUGGCCGGUACUGGAAGGGCUGCACUUUGAUCUUUAUUUUGGGAAGAUGUCUAGUUUUGCUUAAUACUUGAUGGAAUUUGGUGGGAA